ACUCCCAAACGGUUUGAAUAUGAGUUUGGGUUUGGGUCAUGCCUAGAUUCAACUAAGCUCUUUACCUUUCUUAGUUAGAUUUAGUACUAUUUUUUGUAAGUAGUUUUCUUUUAAUUACUUACCUUGAAAAUGAACUUUUGGUUCAAAGAUUUUGAAUAAUGAGCAAGUCAUCUAAUAAAUAAGAAAAUACAGAAGAAGAAACAUGUUUCGAAAACCUUUAAGGCUAAAAGUAAAAAUAAAAUAAAUGCUUUCAGAAAGAUUCAUCUUAACUCUUGUCUUAACUUUUAAUAAAUAAUAUAAACUGUGAAUAGUUUAAUACGUAGACAAAACUCUUAUAUUGUCCAUACUGAUUAUGAAGCAAUGGAAGAGAACCACAGAAUCUAUAUUUUUACAUUCUUUAACACGUUAAUUAGGUAGAAAAAUGUGUUGUUAAAUUUGUCUUUUUUCGAUUUUAAAUAUAUAAAAUCGAGAUUCGACUACUGAUUUAGUGGGACAAGAGAGAACAGUAGCUAUUAUUCAAUUGAAAACACAGAGUAAAGCCUUAGAAAUAGUUUUAUUAAAUGCCGUUUGUAAUUCGACUGAAUCAUUGGCAUGUAUUUAAAAAAUCGGAAUCGUUUUUUACAGUGAGAAUUGUCAUGAUUCAUUAUUUAUUUUAUAUUUUCAAAUAUGAAUAUCUCACUGAAUAUGGUUUAAUCAUAAGCAGUCUAUCGUAAUGUUUUAUAUUAUUAAAAUAAACAUGAACAAAUUAUAACUAUCAAAUUUUCAGCGAUAGAUUUUUAACUAAAUUGUAAGAUACAUUUUUCUUUAUUUUCAGGUUUUUAGUAAAACAAAUGAAAACUCCGAUACUAACUUACGAAGCCACCUUGGUAAAUUGCAUCGAAUGAAGGACUUUCUUUAUCCAUCACAGAGAAUUCAAUACAAACCAAAACAUAACACAAUUUCUGCUGAAGAAAAACAAAUAUUAGAUACUGCUGCAAUCGAAGCAAUUGUACAAGAUAUACUUCCAUUUAAUCAUUUCAGAAAAGCUGGCAUGAUGAAAUUUUUAUCAAUUAUUAAGCCCGGUUAUCGUGGGCCACAUCGGAAGACCGUCCGCAAGCAUCUUGAACUUUUAUAUCAACAAAAACGAAAAUUAAUAAAAAAAACACCUAUCAUCUAUAUCUAA